AUGUCCCGUGCUUUCGUUCUCUCUUCCGCUUUGGCAGUCACUGGCGCUAUGGCCCUGGAGCCGUUCGUUCCGCCGAUCGCAAUCCAGGAUGUCAUGCAAGCGAGCUUACCCAGCGUGAUCGACAUUCAUUACGAUGUCCCCCACACUAGUGGUGGUGUGGAAAGUGCCAAAGCCGUCUCCGAUGCUGACGCAGUUGCCCGCUCUACGCUCUACGGACGCACGUCGUUUUUGAAGAGAGGCACAACUGAUGUGUAUUUUGAGAAUCCCGCUCCGGCUGCGACUUUGGAAGCAUCUUACCAGGCGAUUCUGGGUGCUGUGAAGAGCAACAUCAAGGCGAAGUUCGAUGCCAUGCGCGGGUCCUUUUUGGGAGGUGCAACUUCGUUUCUCCAAGGUGAGCCAGCCGUCAAUGUUUUCGUCGGCGAGGGAAAGGGCAUGAAGGUCGAUAUGUCCCGUUUGAGCACCGAUUCUUACGCCUACGCUGCUGAACUGCUCUCAGGUUUGGAAAACGAGAUGCGCGCAAGUUUCUUAGCUGGAGAUGAUGUGCCGAAGCCGCUUCCGGUCCUCAACGUCGACGUCACAACGCCGGCUUUUGUUUCCCAGCAAGCAAUGACGCAGGAGAAGGUCUAUGCUUCGGAAAUCGAAACUCUCCAGGGAUUGCUCGGAGCUGAUCAGGAGCUGCUCUCCGGUUUGCAGGCUGCUCGUGCCAAGUAA